AUGCCCCCUCAACCUCCCAUCGGUGCCAUUGGAACAUCAGGCUCUUUUUUCGACGCGCCAGCUACACAUCAAGCCGCCGUACAAGGUAGUUCUGGACAGGGACUAGAAAUGUUCAGAGAGGACGACCUCGCUCGUCUGUCAGGACCAGAACGCCAGAUGUUGGCUGGCCUCCACGGUACGGGGGCGAUAGGCGGCAACCUUCCACCACAACCCAUUGGCGUGCCCACUUCGGAAGUAGGUGUGCGCAGCCAGCUCCCUAACACUAAUGAACUCAGCGAAGAUGGAGAAGGCUUUCGAGGACGCUUGCAGGAAUUCGAAAAGCUUAGGGCACAACACGAUGCCGAAAUGGCGGGACGACAAGCGUCACCUCUUCGUAAUAAGUCUAACGAGCAGGCUCCGCAAAUGAGCUCACCCACACAUCUUAUGGAGCCCGAAUCGGCUUCUGAACAAUCCCCCGGCGGAGAGGCUUCCCGCCAUCAAGUUGAGGAUGACCACGGGCUCCCAAUGCCUUUCCCACCACCUCCCUCUGCUACCCCCUUACCUGCUCCUGCUCCACAGCGUGUCAAAUCUAAUUUACCAGAGCAAUACGCUACAAGUUCUCGAUCUGGAACACCUGACAUCACGCCAUCGUCGGCUGCGGCUCAACCGCCGCCGCUUGCCCCGUGGGCCAAGGACGGCGGGUUAGAAUCACAUAAAGGGCCCAGCCUCAAAGAGAUUCAGCAGGCAGAAGCUCAGAAGGCGGCCAAGGCGGAGGAGGCUGCGGCUCUUGCCCGACGUGCUCUGCUUGAACAAGAGGCAGCUCGAGAACGAGAGAAGGUCGUGCUGCUCCAGGUCUACCUACAAGCAGCACGUGGGGAACCGCGUCCCCUGUCAAUCCUAGCGCAAAUCUCAGACAAGAAGAAGACAUUGGCCGAUAUCCAACGCGAAGAGGAAGCUCGCAAGCAGAAAGCGAAAGAAGUAGCCUCACAGGCCGGACCCGUAUCUAGCGUCGGAAAGCGAUACGCUGAUCUCGCCAGCAAACCCAACGUUAUCUCUGCCCCUAAUCCAGUACCUAGUGCCAAUACAUCUGGGUGGGCUACAGUUGGAGCUGGGGGUAAAGUGAAGGCACCAACCGGCCCUUCUUCACAGGUACGACCUCCGAGUGCUUCUAAGCCAGCGGCUACCAUUGCGACCCCCCCAUCACGGCCCGCUGUCAAGGCCUCGAAUUCUACGGCCGGCCCUGCCCACACGGAAGCUAUGGAAGAGUUUACCAAAUGGCUUCACGGUCAGUUGGCUAAAGGAAUCACAGGUGUUACGGACAUUUUGCAGAUGCAGGCCCUUGUGGAUCAGGUUAUCGUGGAUAUGCAAGAGAUCGAUGGCUUAGAUGGGACGCGACGUCAAGGUGCAAAUGAGCCAGAAGCUACACCUGAUAUCCCCGCCAUCCAAGUGACACCUGAUAGCAGGGAGGGUCGACAGGACAACAUUCAAAAGCCAACAUCAUUUCUCCCUGCUCCCAAACCAACCGAAUCAGCAUCACCGCAGGAGAGACUACGUUAUGUCAAUGCUUUAUCAGCUCCGCCGCGUUGGCACCUUGAGUCCGAGCUCGCCUACGCUUGGACGACGGUUGGGUCACUUGUCUCAGCCUUGGAGAUAUUUAAACGUUUACGUCUGUGGGCAGAAGUUGCGCUCUGUCUAGCAAGUAGUGCGGCGACUGAUGAUCAGGAUGGUCGGGGUAGCGGGGGUGAGGAGAAAGCUCGGGCUAUCAUACGAUGGCGGUUAUUCAAUCGCACUGCUGAUGCUAACGAUGCCACGGACCCGAAAGAUGAUCACGACGGGGACGAUGUCGAAUUUGAUAUCUCAUCCCUAAAAGCAUCCGACUUCUAUGGCUCAGAACGUUCUCCCCCACCUCCCAAUGCCCCUCGCCUAUUUUACGGGAUGACAAGCACAAAGCGCGCCGCGGAACUCGGAAAGUCUGCACGUAAUAUAUUACACGACUCCUUAGUGUCCUUUAAACGUGGAGCAACACUCGCCGACUCGAACUGGAGAAUUUGGGACAACGUAAUCACUCUAGCAGCAAGUAUCUCACCGAAUCCGGACUUGGAAGAUGUGGUUCUCGGAGUUAGAAAUGUAAUCCGCAUUCGCAAGAGCGAAGACGCAUUGGAUCUCGAUAUCCUGACCCUCCUAGUUAGAGAGGCGACCAAGACGCCUGUUCCCACCAACAUUGAAGAAGGGAAAAUAUUCGAGCCAGCAAGGGGCACCAUCGAGAGCAAGAUCGUCUCGCUCUUUGAGAAUGAUAUUGUAUCACUCAUUACGACGAAUUCUGCAUCCUGGGCUCUGGUAUCACGCCUUCGUGCUUGGAGGAAAGACUGGACAGGGGCACUAGACGCAGCAGAGAAGGCGUGGAGGACGGCUGUCGGCGGGGUCGGGAGCUCGUUGUCAGCAUCUAGCGGCGUAGAAGGCCAACAUGGGAGCUGGUUAACAGAUGCAGACGCAUGGGAUGCUGUAGUUCAAAGGACAUCGGAGCUAGUAGCGGCGUACGAGAAUUACGGAUCACGUAUAGAUACUAUCGGUACUAAGUGGAAGGGUAAGGCAAGAAGCGCGGUUAGGAGCGUAAUGGGAAAAGCCAAGGAUUCAUGGGAAGAUGAUCGAAGAUGGCAAACAUUGGCCGACAUGAUGGAGGACUUAAGGUUGUAG